AUGGCAAUUCCUGUUGCAGAGAAACUCGGAGCCGUCACCCUUCUGCUCCGCAUGGACUCGCUUUCUUACCAGCGUGCACCCCAUCUCAGCGACCUUCUUGCCUACAAUGAUGAUAUCGUUGGGCCUCUUGCAGGCAAAGGCUCCUUCGAUACUGCUAUCCGGGACCACGUUCUAAAGGGUCCUUUCGCUCCCCAUACCCUCGCGGACCCUACCAUCCUCAGCUACAGCCGCGCUCCCAUACGGGCUCCUCCACUCGGUUUUACAACCCCACCAGACAGUGGCAAGGCUUCAGAGGUACGGGAACACGAGGCUCCAGAGGGCCCCAACGGCACACCUCCCGAGGAGCUUCUAAACAACACUCUGCGGGAGCGUAUCAGCCCCAACCGGACCCCAGCAGAACGAAUGCGGACCGCAGAACCAAGACCAACCCCAAGCUUCCACAACACGGCAGCGCCGGGAAGUGACGCUCCCGGCAGUCGCCUCACAAUCUUUGUGGAUCUAUGGCGAUCGGCUUCCAGAAGCAUCUUCAACAUCAUCAAAAAGGGUUUCCACUGGACCUGGCAGUCGCAAGCUCCACAGCUUUGCACCCCCACCCACCUCGAUUCCACUCCAAAUCCCGACCUGUCUCUUGCGGUCACGGAUCUCCUUUCAAAACAGGCAAUAUACCAAGUCUCUCCACAACCUUGCUUCCUAUCACGCGUCUUCUUGGUUCCCAAGCAGACUGGGGGCCUCCAUUUCAUAAUAAAUCUCACGCAGCUCAACAAGCACAUACACUCCCCCUGCUUCAAUAUAUCGAACCACUCCAUUCUGGCAGACAUGCUAUCACCUCCCACUUGGACGACGUCAAUCGACCUAUACGACGCCUACUUCCACGUUCCCGUCAAAGCCACAUUACACAAAUACCUAGCCUUCACACACGACGGAAAGCUUUUCUUCUUCCGUGCCCUACCUUUCAGGCUCAACGUGGCUCCGUACAUCUUCACUCGCAUUCUGCAUUACCCACUCUCUCUUCUCCAUCAACAAGGCAUCCCCAUCCUCGCUUACAUAGACGACUGGAUAAUUUGGGGAAAAUCUCCAGAUCUUGUGUCUCAUGCCUACACAACUACCACUUCCGUGUUAUCCUGCCUUGGCUUCCUUAUCAACCACAAGAAAUCACAACCAGUCCCAACACAGGACGCAAAUUGGCUCGGUGUCCAAUGGAUCACCGACCAGGGCCUUUGGGGUAUACCCAUCUCAAAGCAAGAAGAACUUCGAGACCUCCUCCACAGGUUUUCCGUGGCUCCUACCACAUCCCGCAGAGAAUGGGAACGCCUAUGA